AUGUGGGAAGUAGAUUCUGACGCGGGGUCUCAAAGUGCUUCGUCUGAUGGCAUCAGGCGUAGGCAAGGUUGGGAUCCCGAGGCCGAGAGUUUGGCUUCUCAUAUCGAUGAACUCGAUGAAGUCCUCGCGGAGGAAGAAGAAGGAUGUCCCUUGCCAUCCACCCCCGAAGACCAACAUUUACUCGACGCCGAAAUGGCCGAGGUUCUAAAAGCUGGUGUCCUAUCUGAUGAAAUAGACCUCGGUGCACUGGCUCACAAUGCCGCGGAACAAGCGGAAGAGUUCGUCCGGAAAGUAUGGGAGGCGUCCUGGAACGUAUGCCACUUUAGACAUCUGCCUCGUUGGCUACAAGACAAUGAUUACCUUCACAAAGGCCAUCGACCUCCACUUCCGUCUUUCAGUGCGUGUUUCGCUUCCAUUUUCCGAAUUCACACAGAAACUGGCAAUAUCUGGACCCACUUACUCGGCUGUAUUGCUUUUAUUGGCGUCGCUAUUUACUUCGUGACGCGACCGUCAAUUGAAAUACAAACGCAAGAGAAGAUGAUAUUUGGAGUAUUUUUCAUUGGUGCAAUUGUUUGUUUGGGAUUCUCAUUCGCUUAUCACACACUGCAUUGCCACUCGGAAAUGGUUGGAAAAUUAUUCUCCAAGCUGGACUAUUGCGGAAUAGCACUGCUCAUAAUGGGUUCAUUUGUUCCUUGGCUGUAUUACAGCUUCUACUGCCAUUAUAGACCAAAAAUUAUAUAUUUAUCAGUGGUAGUGGUGCUGGGUAUACUGUCUAUAGUAGUAUCCUUAUGGGAUCGUUUCUCCGAGCCAAGGUUGAGACCACUAAGAGCUGGAGUGUUCAUGGGUUUUGGCCUCUCCGGUGUUGUUCCUGCUAUACAUUAUGGAAUCACAGAAGGAUGGUUGAGCCAAGUCAGUAAGGCUUCCCUCGGUUGGUUGGUGCUCAUGGGAUUACUGUACAUUCUGGGGGCAAUGUUCUAUGCCUUGCGUGUUCCUGAAAGGUGGUUCCCUGGAAAAUGUGAUAUCUGGUUCCAAUCUCACCAGAUCUUCCAUGUUCUUGUUAUUGUGGCUGCUUUCGUACACUACCACGGAAUCAGCGAGCUGGCUUCGUAUAGAGUGACAGUUGGAGAAUGUUCAAUACCUCAAUCCUCAAUUGCAUUCUAA